AUGCUCACUUCAAUUGGGCGCUAUUUCGCGAAGAAAGGCAAUGAUCUUCCCCGCACACACAUUUCCAUGGUUGGUUUCAUGAAUGCAGGCAAAUCUACGAUCAUGAAUGCAAUUACUCAGCAGCCAACUUCAAUUGUUGAUUCUACACCCGGAACUACAGCAGAUACUAAAGUUGCAUUGAUGGAAAUUCAUGCACUUGGUCCUUGCAAGUUAAUUGAUACGGCUGGUAUCGAUGAAAAGGGCACACUUGGCAGAAAGAAGUACAUUAAAACAGAAUCAGCUGUCAAAGAAAGUGAUGUCGUUCUCUUUGUCAUUGAUCCUACUAACUUCGAAGUCGGACCAUUCAGAGAGAUAUCAAAUCUUGCUGUUCGCCGUGGAAAGAAAGUUGCUGUCGUUCUGAACAAAUUUGAAAACAAGUUAGACCAAUUCGAACGUACAAAUAAUCUCGUUAAAAGCGAAAUGCAAAAGGUAUUGAAGGCAGAUGUUCCUAUUUUGGUUGUUGAUGCCCAGAAAACAAAAACUGCAAAUAAAACACUUGUUCAAUUCAUUGCCAAACUUAUCAAAGCGCAAAAGAAAGUACCAGUACUUCCACCAAAAUACGUCGGUCCUGAUAAAUCUCUUUUCCUUAAUAUUCCUUUGGAUAUUGAAUCUCCAAGUGGAAGACUUCUCCGACCACAGACCAUGAUGAUCGAAUUUGCUCUUCGUAAGGAAUCUCCAGUUACCUGCUUCUGCAUGAAUCUCAAGAAAGCAAGAUCAAAUUCUUCAUCUGCUGAAGAAGAAAGAGCACGUUUCCUCAAAUCCCUCGAAUCAUCAAAUCCAGCACUCGUUGUUACAGAUUCCCAGGCUAUAGAUGUAAUGGCCAAAUGGACUCCAGAUAAUUUCCUACUUACUACAUUCUCCAUCGCAAUGGCUAACAUCCAAUCCGAUGGAAACCUCAAGCAGUUCAUCAGAGGAAUCGAUACUUUGGCAAAUCUCAAGAAAGGUGACAAAGUUCUCAUUUGCGAGACCUGCAACCACGACAGAAUUGGAGAUGAUAUCGGUACAGUUCAAAUUCCAACCAAACUGAAGAAGAUGUACCCAGAUGUCGAAAUUGAUUGGGCGUUUGGAAGAGCUUACGAAGACAAGAACCUCAAGGAGUACGCAUUGGCACUUCACUGCGGUGGAUGCAUGAUUUCGAAGCAGCAGAUGAACGCAAGAAUUCAAGAUCUCGCUGAAAGUGGAGUUCCUAUCUCAAACUAUGGAUUGGCUCUCAGCUGGCUUACAUCUCCAAAGGCAUUCGAGAGGGUUCUCAAGCCAUGGAAAUAA